AUGAGUUCAAAUUUACAAACAGUUCGUGCACUUAUAUAUUAUAAUGGUAGAAAGGUUAUGGGUCGUCGUGGUGUAACAUUUGAAGGUGAAAAACGACCAAUGCGUAUUACACGCGGUACUACCUUUGCGCAGUUGAAAGCGAACAUUCAUCAGAAAUUGGGAUUACAAGGGAAUCAACGUAUUUCUGAAGUCACCGUAAGAGCUUUUGCUGGCAAUUCUGAAUACACAGCGAUAUCUAUUACAGAUGAUGAUGAUGUUGAUAUUAUAUUAGACAUAUUUGUGGAACAAGCUGCUGACACGAGUUCUUAUCAUACAAAUGGUAGAAAGUUUGUGGAGAUAUAUGUAAAUUUUGAAAAUACCGAUGAUUUGUCAGUACCGCAAAGGUCGCUUGAUCUGAAUACAACACCAGUCAUUGAUUAUUUAAACAGACAUGCAUCAUCAUCUAUACUUCCAGAUGCACCCAACAGUGCGUUAUUUGAUGAUGUGGACAUGCCAACAUAUGACCGUAAUGACGAUGACGAAGAAGAAGAAGACGAGGAUGCGUGCCUGGCAGCCGACAUUAAUGACGAUGACUCAGCUAGCGAAGAUGACGACCAUCAUAAUCCAUCUGAUAUGCCUAUAGGGUUUCAAAGCAACGUCAAUGAAUCCACAUCAACGGGUAUCGUUGGGUAUGAAAAUAUGGUUCAAGGUGACAAUGUAACUCCCAAUGUAGGUCCUAAUGUGACGCCGUUUUGGAAUGGAAUAUCACAUUACUCAUACAUUAAUUAUGAGUAUCUGAAUGAAGAUCGAGAAUACAACGAGAGGGAGUAUCAUGGUGCAUGGGCCAUUGGGGAUGAGUUGUUUGUUAAACAAGAAUUCGAAUCUAAGGAAUCAGUGCAGAUGGCAGUUAAGUCAUAUUGUAUGAAAAUUAAUAAGGAAGCUAUUGUUGUUGAGAGCACGACUAUGAAGCUAGUAUUGAGGUGCAGGAACCAUGAGUCGGGGUGUCCAUGGCGAAUGAGGGCAAUGAAACCAAAAAAUGGAUUAAUGUGGGUUGUGAGUAGAUGGGAGGGACCUCACAAUUGUGUCACUUGUAAUUUGUCCCAAGAUCAGAGACAACUUGAUUCCGCCUUUAUUUCUUCGACGAUAUUAGAAAUGGUGAAGGAAGAACCUCAUGUAUCAAUCGGUUUGAUACAAGAAAGAAUCCGAAACAAUUAUGGAUUCACUAUUUCAUACAGGAAGGCGUGGAAGGCUAAACAAAAAGCCAUGGCAAAAAUAUAUGACGAUUGGGACCAGUCUUAUGCUUAUUUGCCCAGAUGGUUGAAUUACAUGUUGACAUUUUCUGAGGGAUGGAAACGAGAGGUAUUACCAUUGGCAUUUGCAGUGGUAGAAGGUGAAACCAAGGAGUCAUGGGAAUACUUUUUGUCUUGUAUACGUUUGUAUGUCACUCAAAAGACAGGUAUAUGCCUAAUAUCAGAUCGACAUCGAGGAAUAUUAUCGGCAGUUGCAAACCCUUAUCUUGAUUGGCAGCCUCCAAAAGCAUACCAUGUACGGGCACCAAAUGAUAAUGAGUAUACGGGCGCCAAAUGA